AUGGAGUCCCUCACGAUAACGAUACAUUCACCACCCAAGACGCCAGAUACGAUGGCCAUCGGAGACGUAAACCACGAUGUUUACGCGAAAGAGGUUUUAGGCUUGCAGGCUGGCAUUACAGAAGAUGCGGUCGACGCCGACUUGGUUGCCAAGGCCAACUCGUUGGGUAUCGCCGCCUCUACUCUACAGAAGCGCAACACCUCGAGCGCAUUCUCUUGUUCCACGACUGCCUCCGCUGCAGACCAGACAUUUUCAGCGACCUCUCCCUCCAUGCCCACCACGCCUCACUCGUCCAUUUUUGGGAGAUCCAGCACAGAUCUGGUGUGCAGCGGCGCGACCGGCUUUGCGCAAUACGACCAGUUCAUCACUGCUGUUGAUGCGCCGCUGGAGCAAGUGCGAUUCCGCAAGGGUUCGCUGCCCGUCGUCAACUCAUCGGCGCAGAGUGUGUUUAGCGUCAGUACCAACAAGAGCUUUUCAAGCGUCAAGUCAGGUUUCAAGCCGCGCUCCUGGUGGAAGAAGAAGUCGGACCCUUCUCUGUCAUGCCAUGGCUGCCGCAGCUCUUCUGGCAAAAUGAUUGCCCUGCACGGGCUCUCAUGCAACCACACAUACUGCUCCGAGUGCUUGCGAUACGUUGUGAGCCAGGCGUGCACCAACGAGGAGAUGAUGCCUCCUCGCUGCUGCUCCAAGCCGUUCCCGAGCCGGGUCCUGAAAGAAGCUCUGGACCGCGAUACGCAACAAAGCUUUCUGAAGGCGGUAGCCCACUUCAGCACCCCGACCCAUGCCCGGAUAUACUGUCCCAACAGAAAAUGCGGUGAAUUCAUCAACCCCCACCAAGUCACUGAUCAUAAGCACCCGUUUGAUGUUACAUGUCAACACUGCCUCACCCGCGCAUGUCGAAUGUGCAAGGCAGGGUCGCAUGCCAUUGGCGCCGACUGCCCGGAGGACUGGGAACUCGAAGCGGUCAAGAAGAUGGGACAGAGCACCAGCUGGAAGCGAUGCUACAGCUGCCACAACCUGGUCAACCUGCCCAAGGGCCGCACGCACAUCACUUGUCGAUGCAAGGAGGAGCUGUGCCACGUCUGCGGUGGAGUCUGGGAUGCUACCACAGGAUGUCCCAACUUGUGCGGCGACGAGGCCGUGCUCGAAAAGCGACGAUCGGGCUUGUCCAGCGCAUCCUCAUCCGAGGACCAAGAUGAGGCCGCGAAGCAGACCGCAGUAAGGGAACAGGCAGAGAAGCGCGACGCAGAGAGACGAUCACAACGAAGUCCCGAGGUGCAAGACCUCGUGAGCAAGCAAGCGCUACAGCUGCGCCGCUUCUGCGCAUUCUCCGCGCGCACGCGAAGCUCGAUGCAGACCCGUCACGCGACGGACAAGCUCGCACUCUUGGAACGGCACGUCGACGAGGAGGACGCCCUGAGGGACAAGCACGCCAAGGCCACCGGCGCGCUGGAAGACCGGCAGAUUGCGGCCGAGAUGGAGCUGCGCACGACGCUGGAGCAGACGCAGCGCAGCGUCAACCUGCGCCUGAAGCACAUGGAGGCGUACUGCCACGGCCGAAGCCGAUCAUCGGGCAGCAGCGCCAGCGCCAGCGGCGCCGCCGCCGCCGCCGCCGCCGGGGAUGCUGCCGCCCGCGUGGUGACGGAGAAGAACCUCAAGGAGCUGGGCCAGCAGUACACGCUGCGCGACGGCAUGGAGCGCCAGCACGAGGCCAAGAUCAACGUGAUGCGCGAGCGGCAGGCCAAGCGCAUGGAGGAGUUGCUGGACCGGCACGAGGCCGAGGUCGAGGCGUUGGCGGCCCGGCAGCGCGGUGAGUCGCACGCGCAGGCUUCCCGGUGCGCGGCCGAGAACGAGGCCGUCACCGACACGCUGCGCAUGCUGCAGAUCAGGCUCAGCGCGCGCUGGAGCCUGCAGCUUGACGUGCUGUGCAGGGAGCGCGAGGAGGCCGAGGGCCUGCGGUACGGCGCGGUGGCGACGCCGGCGUGGCCGCAGGAGCAGUUUUACGUCGAGCAGCAGUCGAGUUGA